AAGUUCCCCUUCCGCUUCCUCCUGCCUCCUGUCCUGCUGCUGCUGCUCCUCUGGCGGGGCGCCUUGCCAGGCUCUCCAAACCCCUGGAGCCCGCGGAAACGCUCUGUGCCCUGAGCUGUCACCGGCGCUACCUCCCAGGCCCGGAGCGAGAUGCAGGCCAUCAAGUGUGUGGUGGUGGGAGAUGGAGCCGUGGGCAAGACCUGCCUUCUCAUCAGCUACACCACCAACGCUUUCCCAGGAGAGUACAUCCCCACCGUGUUCGACAACUACUCGGCCAACGUGAUGGUUGACAGCAAGCCGGUGAACUUGGGACUGUGGGACACGGCAGGACAGGAGGACUACGACCGCCUCCGGCCACUCUCCUACCCGCAGACGGACGUCUUCCUCAUCUGCUUCUCCCUUGUCAGCCCUGCCUCCUAUGAGAACGUCAGAGCCAAGUGGUUCCCUGAGGUGCGACACCACUGCCCCAGCACGCCCAUCAUCCUGGUGGGCACCAAGCUGGAUCUGCGGGACGACAAGGACACCAUCGAGAGGCUGAAGGAGAAGAAGCUGGCGCCCAUUACUUACCCGCAGGGCCUGGCCCUGGCCAAGGAGAUCGACUCUGUAAAAUACCUGGAGUGCUCGGCCCUCACCCAGCGAGGCCUGAAAACCGUCUUUGAUGAGGCGAUCCGGGCGGUCCUGUGCCCCCAGCCCACGCGGCCACAGAAGCGUCCCUGCAGCAUCCUGUAGGGGUUCCACCCAGCUCUCCCAGCCAGAUGGUUCUGACCUCCGGGGCCCUCACCCAAAGCCCAGUGGCACCCUGGCUGGCCCUGCUGUCCCCUCCCCGUGGUGUUUCUUAGCAGAUGGCUGCAGAGCUUGGUUGAUCAUCUUCUCUGGGCUGGAGGCCCCCUGGGGCUAGAAGGCUGUGAAUUUGCAGGCUCUGCACCCAAUCCCUUCCUGCUCCUGCCUUCCCAGGGGUCAGAGGGGAGCCACCCUUGCAUUACGUGCCACAUGUGGAAGCAUCUGUCCAUUUACCCCAGGCCCGCCCGAUGCCUGAGUCCCCUCUGGAAAUCUCGGGCCGGAUGGUGCCAGCCACCACUUGCGUACCUUUAGGGGUGGGUCCCUCCUGAGGCAGGCUACUCCCGUAUUGAUGGUCUUGCUUGUCUGCAAGUUCUCCUUCUACUGAGCUAAAAUGAGUGUCUCAGAAGUUUGCACCUGCGGCCUUAGUUCUUGUUUUUGGGACAACAUAAAACAAAUAAAAUUUUCUGAAUGUUG